GCCGGGGCUCGUGCACAGGGUGUUCCUGAACAGGCUAGGACACUAGUGGACCUCAUGAAGAAUGAUUCUAGAGUAGAUUUCCAGAAUGACUGGAAGCUCAUAACGCUUUUCAUAGGAGGAAAUGACCUCUGCCAGUUCUGCAAGGAUCCAGUACACCAUUCUCCUGAAAACUACACAUACAAUAUACAAAUAGCUUUGGACUUACUUCACAAAGAGGUUCCACGUGCCUAUGUGAACCUGGUGACGAUACUUUCCAUAGCAAGUCUUCGGGAGCUGCAUGCAGUGAAAAACAAUGGCUGCCCCAAACUGCUUAUGAGCAUGCUGUGCCCUUGUGUCAUAGAUCCUAAGGACAAUUCCAGUGAAUUAAAGCAGUUGGUCUACUUUAACAGGAGGUAUCAGGAGACAACCCGCCAGUUAGUGGAGAGUGGAAGGUAUGACACGAAGGAUGAUUUCACAGUGGUUCUGCAGCCAUUUAUGACUAAUAUGGAAAUGCCAAAAACACAGGAGGGGUUGCCAGAUGCUUCAUAUUUUGCCCCAGAUUGUUUCCACUUCAGCCAAAAGGCUCAUUCCCAGGCUGCACGUGCUUUGUGGAAUAACAUGCUGGAGCCUGUAGGGGAGAAGACAGAUAGUCAGAACAUGGAAAAUGAGAUUGUCCUCAGGUGUCCAUCUGAGGGUGAGCCAUUCCUGAGGACAUAUAAGAACAGUAAUUACACAUACCCUAACCAAACUCCAAAUUAUGGAAGCCAGCUGCUAUGUGAGGACAGGUCUCCAUCCUCCCCUCCUGCAACUUCAGUGCAUUCCCUAAAGCCAGCUGAUGUGAAAAUUGUAGCAGCCCUUGGGGAUUCUUUGACGGCUGGUUCAGGAAUUGCCUCAGAUACCCUUGAGGAUGUGACCACUCAGUACCGUGGACUGUCUUGGAGUAUUGGAGGCGAUGAGUCAUUGGAGAACAUUACAACUCUACCUAACAUCUUUAGAGAGUUCAAUGUCACCAUCGUGGGCUACUCAACUGGUACCGGGAGUGAGAAUGAUUCCAAUGCAUUCCUUAACCAGGCAGUUCCUGGAGCACAGGCUGAGCACUUGCCAGCCCAAGCAAGACGUCUUGUGAGACUUAUGAGAACUGAUCAAAGAAUUGACUUCGGUGCCGACUGGAAGCUCAUAACAGUGCAUAUUGGAGCCAAUGAUCUGUGCAACUAUUGCAAAGACCCUGAUCACUACUCAGCUAGGAACUACAUCAAAAGGAUUCGAGAAACUCUUGAUAUUCUGCACAAGGAGGUUCCAAAAGCUCUAGUGAGUCUGGUUGAUGUGGUGGACAUCCUCCCUCUGAGACAGUUAUUUGUGGACUCUCCAGUUCAGUGCCCCAUUUACUUGGCAGAUUAUCUGUGUAGCUGUGUUCUCACAGGAGAAGAAAACUCAGAAAAUUUAACAAUGGUGAGGGAUGCCAUCAAAGCUUACCAGCUUGGCAUUCAGAGACUGGUAGAGUCUGGCAGAUAUGACACUCAUGAAGAUUUCACAGUGGUCAUCCAGCCUUUCCUCCAAAAUCUGGAGACUCCUCUUGAUAAGGAUGGGAAUCCAGAUGUCUCCUACUUUGCACCUGACUGCUUCCAUCCAAGCCAGAAAGGCCAUUCUCAGCUUGCCAGGGCUCUGUGGAAUGCUGUGUUACAGCCUGUAGGCCAGAAAGCUGACUCAUUUGAUUUCUCAGCUGACAUCGUCCUUGGCUGUCCAGAUCAGAACAGUCCCUUCCUGGGAACUUACAGGAAUAGCAACUACACACCUCCUAGAGAGCCAAUAGAGAAUUGGGGCAGUGAACUGUCAUGUCCUGGUCAUAGUCCAUCAAGUCGUGUCCCAACAUCAGUACAUGAGCUACGGCCUGGUGACAUCAAAGCCAUAGGAGCUCUUGGAGAUUCCAUGACUACUGGAGUAGGAAGCAAAGUACCGGACCUACAAACAGACUGGAAGGGACUUUCCUGGAGUAUUGGAGGUGAUGAGACCCUGGAGAUCCAGGCUACUUUACCCAACAUCUUGAAGAAAUUCAAUCCGAACCUCUUCGGCUUUUCCACUGGCAGUUCUAAGGAAACAGCUGGAUUCAACGUUGCAGAGAGAAACGCCACAGCACGUGAUAUGCCAGCCCAAGCACGUGCAUUGGUGGAGCUGAUGAGAAGCAGCUCGAAAAUUAACUUCAAGGAAGACUGGAAGCUGAUUACCAUCCUUAUUGGAGGCAGCGACCUAUGCCAGUACUGCUUGGACAAGGAAACCUAUUCAGUGCAAAAGUAUGUAAAGCACCUUCAGGACACUCUGGAUAUUUUCUAUAAGGAGCUCCCAAGAGUCUUUAUCAACGUGGUGGAGAUACUAGACUUCUCUGGACUGCGUCAAAUCACAGCAAGCUCUUCAGAGUGUGCUUUGGCAGCAAAGAAAGUUUGCCCAUGUUUCUUAAACCCAGAGGAAGAUUCUUCAGAAUUACAAGAAAUUAAGAGAGUUAACAGAGAUUUUCAGGCUGAAACCUUGCAGCUGAUCAACAGCGGCUGGUACGAGCAGAGGGAGGACUUUGCUGUUGUCAUCCAGCCAUUUUUCCAGAACACCUUAGUGCCCCUGGAUAUUAUCGACAUGCCAGAUAUGAGUUUCUUUGCUGCAGACUGCUUUCAUUUCAGUGUAAGAGGCUAUGCUGAGAUGGCCAUGGCUCUCUGGAAUAACAUGCUGGAGCCAGUUGGUGAAAAGCAGUCCUACAACAACUUUACCCAAGACAGAUCAAAACUCAAGUGUCCAAACCCUGAGAAACCUUUUCUUUCCACACGAAGAAAUAGUGGAUUUGGAAAUUCAGAUCUCAACCUGGGGAACAGGGAAUCUUCAGUCCCCUACUGGGCUGCCAUUGUGACUGCAGUAGCCGGGGUCCUGGUGGGUUCCUUACUUGGCUGGAUUGUGUCUCGAAGAGGAACCAAGAAGCACCAACGUAAGGCUGACACAGAAAACAACAUUAAAAUGACCUCUCUGUAGCACAAGUGAAACAAACAUCUUUCUCUGAUGAAACUGCUCUCUGCUGUGACAAAAAAGUAGCAGAAUAAAAAACCUGUUUGAUAUGAAUGAAGCUUCUUGGUUGCCCAGGAAUUUUUGGGCCAGAUAACGUUGAUCAAUAAUGUAUUUUAGAGUUAUCAUCUGUGGACCAGUCAAGUGGAGGAUGAAGUUCAAAGCAUGUUGUGGUUUACACCAGCUGGCAGCUAAAUACCACACACCUGCUCACUCCUCAGUGGGAUGAGAAGGAGAACUGGAAAAGGUAAA